AUGGAAUCUGAUUCUGAAGCCACGUCUGCUGCAAAGAAACUUCUCUUGCCCGCUCCGGCUACUGCUCGCUCGCCAGUGCCACUUGGACAUGGGGCCUCAUCAAUGGGCUCGAGAUCCAGGUCAUCCCUCCUGGCCGGGCUGGCGAGCAGGGUUCGACGGCCUCUGAGCGGAGCACGCUUCUCCCGAGAACAACAACCAUCGGCAUCGUCGGAGACGACGCAGCAACCUACGUGCGAGCAGCAGCGCGGAGAGGCAUGGAUGGAGGAGACGGCCGGGUUGAGCGCGCAGCUUAUGGCCCGGCCGAGACGAGUGCGCAUCGCCAUCCUCGACACUGGAAUUGGAAGGACUUUGAGAGAGACUCUGCGGUGGAAGGAUUCGCACGGACACGGCACGCAGAUGGCGUCGGUGAUUGCAAGACUCGCCCCCGAAGCAGACAUCUCCGUCGCCUGCGUCGAUGCGAAAGGAGGUAGUCUGGGGGACGACAGGAUCGCCGACAGGGUGGCUGAGGCGAUUACCUGGGCGGUCCGACAAUGCGAUGCCGACAUCGUCUCCAUGUCUUUUGGAUUUGCUCACGAGCGACUUGCAAUUUCAAAAGCCAUCUCCGCGGCGGUCGUUGAGCGAGACGAUCAAAUCCUCUUCUUUGCCGCCGCCUCCAAUAACGGUGCCAACCACGCAAUGCAGUUUCCGGCCCGGCACGAUGCCGUCAUCUCCAUCAACUCGACCGACGCCCAUGGAAAAUUUCAGCCGACCAACCCUCCGCAGAGUCGGGGGGGAAGCAACGUGUUUGGAACGUUGGGCACCGAGGUCCUCUGUGCUGUGCCGCACGAGCGUCGUGACGUUGCCCAGUCGGGGUCCUCGGUCGCCACCGCCGUCGCUUCCGGCAUGGCCGCUUCGCUUCUCGCUUUCGCGGACAGGACGAACGGAAAGGUGGCCAGGGGACUACGCAGGCGUCGAGGGAUGGAGGCCCUGUUCAGCCGGCUUUCCCUCGUGCAUGCGGACGGAAAGAGGAAUCAACUGUACGUCACGCUCGGCAAGCUCAAGGGUAUUUCUGACAAGCAACGAUUGGCCGUCAUGUCGUCUGCCUUGCUCGAGGCUUUCUGA